AUGGCGCCCGAAGUGAAACAUGCGGAGCUGAGCAAGCGCGCAUACCACAAGAUUGCGAUGCAUGCGUCCAAGUACCCCGCGUCUACUGUAAUUGGAGUGCUCGUCGGCUUGCCUGGAUCGACGUGUGUGGUCGCGGAUGUGAUUCCGGUAGCACAUCUUUGGACAGAGCUGAGUCCCAUGACAGAGACAGCGCUCGCCUUGAUUGACGCGCAUUUGCAAAACAAGCCUGACCAGGUCAUAGGCGUGUAUCAAGUGCCGGCGCGGAUGGAUGUAAAGGAGCCGACGCAUACCACGGCACGACUUGCGAAGAAAAUCGCCCAAAAAUCGGAGCACGACGCGCUUGUGCUGCAGGUGCAUGGGCAUAUGCUGCUUGCACCCCAGCUUUCGUCACUCUCCCCUUUUGUUAAAAAGGCCGAAAGCGACGCGCCAAAAGCGUUGGCUGCGCAGGCCGCGAGUGUUCCUACGUAUGCAGACCUGCUGCCGUCUCUGGAGAAGAACAUAGCCGAUGGUCACUGGAAGCUGCUCGCUGACUUUGAUGACCACUUGGAAGACCCAGCGCUUGAAUGGCUCGAGAAUCCCGUUUUUACGUAG